GUAGCUGUGAAUUGCGACCGCCGAGGCUUGUGGGUUGCCAGCCUGCCCUCAUUCUCCGUGGCCCCUGCUGCCCUUUGGUGAAGUUGAUCCUUCAACCCCGAUGGAGGCUGCCUUGGGCAACACAUUGGAGACAGAAGAACGAAAUUCAGCUGGUCCAGAGGGAAGAAAAGCCCCCCAGAUCCCCCAGGUUGGGAGCAGUAGAAACAACUGGGAAACGUCUGUGCAGAAGAUGUUGGGGGAAGACCCCUUCAGCUCAGACGUCCAGCACCAGCACUUCAGGCAAUUCCUCUACGAAGAGGCUGAGAGUCCCCGAGAGGUUUGCAGCCGACUCCACAAUCUCUGCCGACAAUGGCUGAAGCCAGAGCAACACACAAAGGCUCAGAUCCUGGACCUGGUGGUCCUGGAGCAGUUCCUGGCUGUCCUUCCCCCGGAGAUGGAGAGCUGGGUGAGGGAAUGUGGAGCGGAGACCAGUUCCCAGGCAGUGGCCCUGGCCGAAGGCUUCCUCCUGAGCCAGGCAGAAGGGAAGAGGCAGGAAAAGUGCCAGGUCCAGGGGCUGUUGGUGCAAGGGGCCACAGAUUUCCCCGAGGGAGAGAAGGCUCCAUCCGGCAGCCGAUUGAGAGUGCCAUCCAGGGGGGUCAUGCAGGAGGCUGACAGAGAGGCCCCCUCAGUGGGCAGUGAAGCCAUGCUGGAGAUACAUUCUAGGUCGUCGCUUCUUUGCAGCGGAAUGGGAAGAGCUCCCGCACAGCCAGACCAGGGCCCGGUGACCUUUGAGGAGGUAUCUGUGUGUUUCGCCGAAGAGGAGUGGGCGCUCCUGGAUCCGGACCAAAAGGCCCUGCACCGGGAAGUCAUGGCGGAGAACUGUCACUUCGUGGCCUCGCUGGCUGCCGGAUGGGUGAGUGAGAAUGAGAAAGACGCGCCCAGCGAGUCCCUGGAAGGAGCCAGAGGUGGAAAGAGAAGGAAACAGAGACAGUGGAAGGGAGCCAAGCAGAAGCACCAAGACGUGUCUUCUGCUCAUCGAGGUGACGACGUCGAUAACGUCUCAGGCCAAGGAAAAACAGACAAAAGAAAGGAAAGACAUAAGUGCCUGGCAUGUGGGAAGAGCUUCACUUGUAAAUCGAGCCUAAAUGAUCAUUGGAAAAUUCACACAGGGGAGAAACCGUUUCAGUGCUCCGAGUGUGGGAAGAGCUUCUGUCAGAGGACAAACCUUGUCAGACAUGAGAUAAUCCACACUGGGGAGAAACCGUUUCAAUGCUCAGAGUGUGGGAAGUGCUUCUUUCAGAAGACAAACCUCCUUAAACACCAAACGAUCCACACAGGAGAGAAACCAUUUAAGUGUCUGGAAUGUGGGAAGAGCUUCAGUCGGAGGGAAAACCUUCUUGGCCACCAAAGGAUCCACACAGGGGAGAAACCGUUUGAAUGCUUGGAGUGCGGAGAGAGUUUUAGGUGGAACGCGCAACUUACUACCCAUCAGACGAUCCACACCGGGAAGAAACCUUAUCAGUGCUUGGAGUGUGGAAAGAGCUUCUGUUGGAAGCCUACCCUCGUUAAACACCAAAACAUCCACACCAGAGAGAAGCCAUAUAAGUGCUCAGACUGUAGCAAAAGCUUUUCUGAUCAAUCAUACCUUACUAGACAUCAGAGAAUACACACAGAGGAGAGACUGCAUAAAUGCCUGGAGUGUGGCAAGAGUUUCGGGCAGAGCGCACACCUUACCGUACAUCGGGGACUUCCCACAGGAGAGAAACCGUUGAAAUGUUCUGAGUGCUCAGAGAUCAACUGUCAGCUUCAAUCAAAAGAGACAGAGCAGGAAAAAUAUGUAAAUGUUUGGAAUGUGGGAUGUGAUUCCGUCAGACCAGAGCUCUCACUUUACAUCUUAGAAUUCAUUUAAAGGGUGCCUGUAUAAAGAGCCAGAGCCCACUUAAAUCUUUGGCGACAGCAAUGAAGAAUCAUGUGCCACCUUUAGAACAUAGAAUCACAACAUCACAAGAGCUGUGUUGGAUCAAGAGCAAGGAUCCAUCUAGUCCAGCAUUCUGUUCACACAGUGGCCAAACAGCUCCCCAUGGGAAGCCCACAAGGAGGAUAUGAGUGCAGCAGCACCCUACGGCCCAUGUUCCCCAGCAGCUGUUGCACAAUGGCCUACAGCCUCUGAUGCUAGAGUUAGCAUAUAACCAUGAGGGCUAGUUGCCAUUGACAGCCCACUCCUCCAGAAUUUCUCCAAUCCCCUUUCAGAGCCAAUGAAGGAAACUCUUGCUUUAUAGAAGUUGUGGGCAAGUUCGAACGCUAGAGCAAUCAACAAGGCUUUUAGAAAUAAGUAACUGGUGAAGGACAUUCUGGGAUUCCCCAUUUCGGGAACCUUCCGUCUGACGAGCCAUUUCAACCAUUCACAGCGAAUGACAACGUUCUGUUCCUUCAGGGCUUCAGCGGAGGGGAUGCAAGCUCGGUGGUGGAGCCCUGCUUUGUAGGCGGCACGUUCCGGGUUCGAGUCCUGGCGUCUCCCAGAAGGCCUUGGGAAGAAUCCCCGCCUGAAACCCUGGAGAGACAUUGCUGCCCAUCAGUGUCGACAACACUAAAUGUUCCUGAAAAUCACAUGAAUACUUGGAAGGGCUGCUGCUGACGUGGUACUCUUUGAUUUUCACCUUUUCCUAGGGACUGCGCCGUAGGCCUCUGCGUUCAUCAGUCAUUUGAUAGCAUUCAUGAAAACGGAUUCCUUCACAUCCACACAUGCCUGUCAAUCUAGCCAUCCGCCUUUCCUGUUAAUAAAGUUAUUCCUUUAAUAUC